UGGCGGCGGUGGGGCGUCCCGCGUUGUUUGUGGUGGCCGUCGUGCUGUGCUGCGUGUGUGGCUGUGCAGCGGCCCCUGAUGUGAGUGAUAAUGGCGAGGAUCCAGUGAUUGUUAACAUGAAACAGGCGAAGGAGAAGGCGAUUAAGGCCAAGGAAGCGGUGGACGAGGCCAAGAAGGCGGUGGACGCUGUAAAGAGUGCGACGGAACAAUUCAAGACUGCGGCUGAAACGGCGUCACUGGCAGCUGACAAGCUUAAUGAGAAAGUGAAGAAGGGGGGCAAUAUUGAUAAGGAGGACACUGUUGAUGGUGUCACUAGCUUGGCUAAUAAAGCAGAGAGCACGACAAGGACAUCUCACAAGUCCUUUGUUUCACUCUGUGAAAAAGUCAAGGAAGCAGCGGAUUCAACGAAGAAGGCAGAGACUUUGUUAAAGGAAGCGGAGGGGAUGGCUGGCAGUGCAGCGAAUGACGCGGAUGGAGUUAUCAGCAAAGGAGCGAAGCACACAAAGAUCGAAAUCGUAAAACUAUCAGAAGAGUUGUCGUCACUAACAAAAUCCCAGAAGUGUUCUGAAGAAGCAGAAGGGGAUGAAAAGAAGAAGGGGAACGCUUUCCAAGCCCUCAAAAACGCUGAGAAAGUGUACACCUCUGUCCAACCUCAGACUGCCAGUACAUCCUUAACUGUAACCCAGCAGCAAAAGAAUGAUGCUGAAGAAGCUGCUAAACUUGCAAAGGCUGCAGCGGGAGACGCGGCGGCGGCUUCCAGCUCCGCUGGCAGGUCAGCCGACUACGCCGGGAAAGCCGUCAGCAGCGCUGAGUCAUGGCUAGGGCAGGUCGAAGCUGCAUUGCAGGCAGUUAACAAACUACAGGAAGAACCUGAGCAUUUACCUGCCGCUGAUCAGCCUCCGCCACUUUCACCUUCGGAAUUGUCAAAGGACGAGUCACAGAGCCAGAGUCUCCAACAGGAUCCACUGAGCAGUACUUCCAAUGGUGGCAAGACUUCUGACCAACAGCAAG